AGCUGAACUUUAGGAUCUCAUUAUUCGAGAUGAUGUUUUUGAUAAUUGCAAUCGUCUGCGGAUUCUGCACAGCUGAACUGAUAGAAAAAGAAAAAACCGAACAGGUUGACCUCAAGGCUAGAAAUGAUCUUGCUCUUUUGGUAAAUAGUGAAUAUGAAAAUACCAGUGCAAAAGCUCUACAAAUGCUAACAACAUGCAAUAAUUCCGUCAAUGCUGCGAUAGCGUACUGUUCCAGUAACUGCCAAAGUAGUGGUGGAGGUGGUGGGGAUAAGUUCCAACAGCUGCUUCAAGAUGUUGAUAACACAUUCAAGAAAAUUGGAGAUGACAUCAAGAAAGUGGGUCCGGCGAUCGAAACAGAGUUUAACAAAUUCAAAGCAACCGUCGAUGCUCAGGCAAAGAAACUCGGCACUUCAAUUAAAAAUUGGGCAGAUAAACAGCAGUGGGCAAAGGACGCCGCAAAAUUCACAGAAAAUCUCGCCAAAAAUAUUGGGGCUACAAUUGCCUCAAAAGCAAAGGAAUGGUUCAAUUCCGUCAAAAACUGGGGUAAGAACACACUUAACAAAAUACCCGGUGUUAACCUGAGAAGAAAGAGGGCUGUGACAUGCGAUACCUGUACUCAAAUAGCUAAUGCAGCAGAAGACAAAAUGUUGGAAACUGUUUGUGGUGCAGACACUAUGGCAGAGAUAUUUGUCCUGACAACACUUUUAGACAGAAUGUCCACAAUGAUGGCCUCUAUGGAAGCGACACUUGUCAAUGAGCUGGAUGCCGACACCGCGAAAACCACAGUCAAGUCUUACGUUCCUCUUGUAUUGACGGCACCACUGACCAGCGUUAAAUAUACAGUGAACGGAACAGCCAGUGUUGUCAGCGGAGGCGGGAAAGAAAUCAACCUUGGAAACACCGACGACAUUGCGGAUGUCGUUGCUGGCAUUAUUUACGCUGAUUAUUUCAAAAUUUAAAGCAUUUUAUGGACUUCCGGUCUUUGUAUUUACAUAAUAUCCGGAAGUUCUGUCUUUAAUAAAUCGCUUUUCCUGUUUUAUUUAUGUAUUUAUUAUAAAUUUUAAAUCUUAAUUGGAAUAAUUGUGUUGACCAAUGUGACAAUGAACAAUAAAAUGGCAAUUUCCUAUGCUUAAA